AUGUCUAUAAUAAUGAAAAGCUUGCUUCGGCAAGUCCAGUUGCACCCAACAACGCCUCGUGGUUUGGCCGGAACCAUAGCUACGAGCUUGAGGUUCAACUCGUCCAAAACAGCCGAAAAGACAUCCAAUAUUAGUUUAACUGCCCAAGUCUUUCCAUUGCAUAAAGAGAAUAUCACCGAGUCAGAUGUUGAUGAGUGGUUGAACGCAGUCAAACAAAUGCGCAAGAAUGGUACAGGCGGAGCCUCCAACGAACUGGAGGUUUUCAUAUCCCAACUAGCACAACCAGAACCUUUUUUACAAGAAAAGUUCGAGCCAACCGCCGAGCAGUUGGCGGAAGUCGAAGCAUUUGCCAAUAAAAAAGUACCUUUGCCCAAAGAUCCUAUGAUUGAAAAUUUCACCAACCUUAUCAUGAGACACGGAAAGAAGUCAAAGGCUCAUAAAAUACUUUCUCAAGCAUUAUAUAUCGUUUACUUGAAAACGAGAAGAGAUCCAAUGCAAGUUCUUGCAGAGACUUUGGACAAACUUGGUCCACUUAUGAGCACCAAAGUCGAAAAGACUGGAGCUGCCAAGAAUAGAACCGUUCCCUAUCCUUUAAAUCAAAGACAACGCAAUCGGUAUGCGAUUACUUGGAUCUUGGAAGGUGCUGACAAGAAGAAAUCGUCAGAUUAUUCGGUAAGAUUGGCCGAAGAAAUCCUUUCUGCCUUUGAGGGCAAGUCUUCUGGAUAUGAUAGGAAGGCACAGAUGCAUAAAUCGUCCAUUGCACACAGGGCUUACAUCAGAUUGUGA